AUAGUUAUAAUGAUAAGAACGUGUAUUGAGAUAAUUAUAUAAAUUAGCUGCAUUUUGCGUUUAGUAGUCCUAUGUGACAGCAGUCGACAUGUUACAUUCACGGUUUUUCCUCACAAUUUUAAGUUCAGUUGUAUUAGACAUAGGUGUGGCCGAUGAGGUUUGUUACGGUGAUCUUGGUUGUUUCAACAACGAUCUACAAUGUCAUCGACUAUCAUUUCCGCCAAUGGCACCAGAUAUUAUGAAUGUUGAAUUUCAAUUGUUCACUCAAAUGAACCCAGUUAAGUUUGCUGUCAUUGACCGGAAUGUUCCAGAAUCACUGACUUCAACGUAUUUCAAUCCACAUUUGAAGACAGUCGUGCUUAUCCACGGCUGGACCGACACCGCCGGUGGAUGGACGAAUAUGGUACGAGAUGCUCUGUUGCAACGA